UUUUAAAAUACAUUCUGAACUCGCUUUAACUUCGGCUAACAAAUAGGGUAUAUCUGUACCGCAAAAGAAGUUUCCUCUUUCCUGUACAUACGUUCCCUAAGCGUGUGUCGCAUAUUUUAAACGAUUACAUUUAUCAAAGAAGGAAGGCAGUGGUCAUAAAUGAAAUUCCUGUAAGUUACCCUACUUUGUCAAGGACAGCUUCGAGAUCAGAAUUUAAGAUUAGCAGACUUCUUUCUUUUUCGCCCGCUGUUCCAGAGAACUUCUCUCUGAUCAAAAACUAUAAAUCGAAGAUCCGACGACGUUGAAACAAAACAAGCUCAACAUCUUAAUUAUUAACGAGAUAAGUCGAAAGAGUGUACAUUCGUUGAAACACUAAUGAGAUUCGUUAUCUGAUAGUUCAACGCGUUAAGUGCCGAAUAUCGCGACUCCCAAAAAAUUCUCUCAAUAUCAAAAAUCAUUCAACCAGUUAGCUGUUUUUGACUAACUGGUUCAAAAGGAUACACGAGGAGUUAAAAAAAACACACACACAUUCGAUAUUUAUAUGGUACACGGUGUAUAGGAUACGCUGUGCCGUGUAAAAAACCCUCAGUGAACAUAGGUCGAAAGGUCGACCGUUUCAGAAAUAUAAACAUUUCUAUUUGCUGGCACCGUGAUUGACGUACUUGCUUCCAUCGCGCGUGACGUUUACUUCAGUGUUUCUAAAUUGCGUUCUGAAUGUCCUCAUUGCCGACGGCAGAUUUCAUCGAGAAUCAGUCGGCUGUGAAUCGACGAUAGUGGAUCUUAUUAGCGUUGCAUCAAUAUUACACACAUUUACUAUCAAUCGCGACGCUACUAGCAAACGAAAAUGUUUGUAUCACAGAAACGGUUGACCUUUCGACCUGUGCUUACUAAGGCUGUUUCACUUGUCAGCAUAGUGUGUCCCAUAUACCAAACAAAUAUUGAAUGCUUCUCCUUCGACACUCGAACCGUGAAAAUGUCGCUGGUCAACUUCACCUUGCCGUAUCAGCCGGCAACGCCCACGCCGUUCUUUUACGGUGGCCAAACCGGAGGGCAUCCGUCAGUGAACAACCUUCGUUUGAACGCGGUGCUUCCGCCAGCGCCGGCCCCAAACUUCAACGACCGCGAACCGUUCCAAAACGAGCCGUACAUACCGCCCGCCGGUUAUCAGCAGCAGAAACAGCAUCAAUCGAGCUUCAAUAGGCAAACGAAUUCGAACCAGUACGUCGAGCACUCGUCCUUCUCGUCGUCUCAGGACACGAGAUACGACAAUUACAAUCAGGACUUCAGGAGGACUCAGCCGAGGCAGCAGCAGCAGCAACAGCAACAGAUGAGACCGCCGUCUUCGAUUCCUCAGCAACAGAGGACUCAGCCGAGGCAGCAGCAGCAGCAACAGCAACAGAUGAGACCGCCGUCUUCGAUUCCUCAGCAACAGCAACGGGCCCAAGUCGACAGGGACCAGAGCAACCAGAGGAUGUCGAGGAUGCCUGAGGAAGAGAGCUAUCCUGAGAGACCGAACGGGUACACGAGAGUUAGCGGCGAAGGUGGUCCAGGCACGAAAACUUCGAUCCACGCUGUCCUGGAUUACGACGACGAUUUCGAUGACUAUUACGACGACGACGAGCAAGACAUUCCAAAAGACGCCCACGUCACGCCCAUCCAAGGCCCAAUUUUUUUGAAAAAUGGUUCAGUCCCCGUGGUGCCGUUAUACUCUUACCCACAAUUGAACAAUGGUACCUUCGUCCAGAUACCGAUCCUUUGGACCGCUCUUUCGGUUGCUCUAGGUGUCGAAUUAAGGGGCGACUUGAUACGCGGUGUGCCGUGUAUCAAAAAGUUUCACCAGCUGUUCUGCCCAACUGCCGGAAACGCGUACCCAAUAGAGCGGAUAGAGCGUUUUAUUGAUGAAAAUAAGGCGUUAAUGAGGAGGAUGUACGGCGACUUUGAAAUGAGCUCGGGAUAUGGUCCACCGACGAGAGAACCCGGCCAUCGGACACGCAGGAGAAGAAAAAGCAGAGAAGCUAGAAAACACGACCACCCGGACGGCGGGCCUAGUCUUCGAGACACGUUAGAUCCGGAUGCCGGGACCAACGGCGGUGACUCAUUUUUCGCUCACAUCAGAAACACCAGAAAUCCUAGGCAAUCUCCUGGAAAGAGCCAAAACAACGAGAGCGGAAGAGUUGAUGCAUGCGAAUCUAAAGUCGAAAUCGUGACGCCGUAUUGGGCGAGCAACAGCGCUGGAAAAAUUCGUGCGAUUGUGAACACACAGCACUUCGAACAGGCUAUUCACCAAGAAGUUUGCUCGAAAACACAAACGAACCGUUGCACCGGCGAUUGUGGCUGCGAGCAGAAGUACAAAUGGCACCGAUUACUCGCGUACGAUCCUGAUAACGACUGCAAAGGAAUCUUCAUGGACUGGUUCCUGUUCCCUUCUUGCUGCGUCUGCAGAUGCGACCCGGUCGCUAACAAAUUUUCCACCUCGAAUGCUCGCAAUUGAAAUGAUUCCUCCGGAGCGAGCGUAUCCGCAGGUCGCCAUGGUUGUAUUUGAAAUUCAGUCGCAGUCACGACAGGAACUGCAGUGCCACACACGAAUUGCUACUUCCGUUGAGUCGUCGAGCUGUUUUGUAUUUCCGCUCGUGCCGGUGUGUUCUUGCAGGAACCGGCUGAAUUUAUUCGAGAUUCGGUUGCUGUCCCUCUCGCCGCGACACGUUAUUCCGACGCUGGAAUACACGACACGUCGUCCUUCUUCCAAUUAAAAUCACUCGUUUCUACGCUUAAGCUGAUUAAGCAGUCCGCAACAUUAAGUCUACGAUCUUGGCUAUUUGUAGGUUUAUCCGCGGUAAUUUCUCCCCGAUUCGCGCUCGGAUUGCGCACGAAAAUGGACAAUUUGGGAAGAGAAGAUGCGAUUAGUCGAGCCUUGCGGCUCGUUUUUAUAGUCACCGAUCGUUGACAAUUAUGCAAACGAGACGCGAAGCUCGAGUAAUCGUAUCUCCUCUCUCAAAAACUGUCGAUUUUUGUGCGCAAUCUGAGCGCGAAUUAGGGGAGAAAUUACUGUACUGCUUCAAGUUUGCGGGGGAACGAUCCACCGAUUCCACGCCGAUCGGUUGCGUUCCUCUGCAUAUUAGAAAGUAAGGAAAUCGUAAAAAAAAAUAUACACGAGAGUCUUUUUACACGCACAAUUGGAUAAGUAGCAGGUAAGGCUGGAACGAAUAUUAAUAGCGUUAAAUUAGCUUAUGUAACGGAGUUGAACAUCGUGAGCGCCAAAUGUUACCUUGUAGUUGCAAUUAGGAAAUGCGUUCGUUUUAUUGCUAAUUGCUCAUUCGACGGUAAGAAUUUAUUCCGCUUUCUACGCGUUUCGUAAAUGUUCCGACGAUACUCGGACGCGAGAUUGCGCGACGAAAUGGCAGAAAUUUGACGGAAAGGCGACAGCCAUUCGCUGGCAGAAGACAAUAUAUAAUUUACGUUUAAUCAAUCCUACAGGAUGCUUACCUUUAGUUAAGUCUUUAGUUAAUGUGAUUUUAGCUAUUAUAAUAUAAAUAUAAUAUGUCGUGCACGAUUUUCAGCAAAUUGAUGGAAGCAUAUUGUGUUUUAUUUUUAAAAACAAUGUCUAAACGAUAUUAUUAACUGCGACACUUUGAAAAGGUUAUUGCGAAUUGCUCUCUGUAGAAAUUGAUCAUUUUUAAAUCAUUGUUGGGGAUCGUUUUCAAGGAAAUACGCCUCGUUCUUUUGCAGAAGCCAUGAAUUUUAACGCGCGUUCACGAAAAGGGAAUAAACGACGAAUUACGUGCGCGAAUGCAGGUUUUGCGCGCCGAGUUCAUCCUUUUGCAGGUCAAAUUCAUCUUUACUCUAAUCGAAUACAUCCUUUUGCAAAUUAAAUGCGAUUCGUGGUUAUCUCUAGGGUUAAAUAAUAUAAAUACAACGUGAAAUAUCCUUUUUUGGAAGUAUAGUUAAUUAGUUUCGAGCAAUGGAAGCCUGCCAUAUAUAUUUUAUUGCAAUUUUCUCUGAUGAAAUUGAGCAUAUUUGAUUUUGUGAGCCUAUUUAUAUUUGAAAUAUAAACGAAUUUGACAAAAUCAUUUUUAGCGCUGUAGCAAACUUUUAAUCGUGCCUCGGACGCGCCAUGGAGUACGAAUGGUUGAUCAUUCUAUUAAACUGGUUUAUGAAAUCAAAGCGGAAGAGCUCGAUUUGCAAAAGGGUGAAUACAAUUUGCAAAAAAAUGAAUUCGGAGUGCGAGAAUAGUGAAUUUGCUUUGAGAUCGGGCGAAUAUAAUUUGCAACGGGAUGAACUCGCGGCGCGAAACCUGUAUUUCUGCUGAAUUUCUGGAUUUCGUCAAUUUUUUUUUCGGGGAGCUCGUACUCGACGCCCUCGGCCGAAACGAAUGUACCACGUAAAUCUUCGCGCAGCAUUGGCGCCGAACGAUCCCAAUGCCAGAAAACAGGAAGAACUCGUUCCGCGGCAUUUCCAGCGCGCGUACCCGUUUUCGCGCAAGUGACAUAAUUAAUUUUGGGAGGAAAGAGGCUCCCUCGGCGAUGGCGCAACUUUCGCGUUUCAACCUCCGCGUGGCCUGUUCAUUGUCGUUUAUCUUCCUUUUUUUUUCUUUUUUACUUUUCUUGUUCAGUUUACUUGUAGAGAUAAGUAUGCGAUCGUGCGAUCGCCCCGAUGGAAUGCACAUCCGCGUGCCCAUUAACGAGGCCGGGAAAAUAUAUACAUAUAUGAAUACAUACAUAUGCCUUCAGUUGCGUAUACCGAAAUGCUAACCAGUUAACCCUCCGUCGUGGUCAAGAUCAAUUCUUUAAUUCUAAAUGAAACGACGCGCGCACCAUUGUGCGCUCGCUCGAGACGCAGUUGCAUGUUACUUUUAUAUUAGCAGACGCGCACGAAGCGUAUACGGAACUGUAUUUAUUUGUUAAGCUAAGUACAGCGAGAUGGUGUUCAAAGAUAUAUGAUGUUUGAGUGAGAUUCAUGUAAUCAAUAAAGCAUAAGUUUUUUGAAGUAUAAUAUAUAACGCGAGGACGAGCAUGCUACUUCUUCAUUCCAUUAUCCUCUCUUGUAAUAUUACUCUUAAAAAUAUCUAUUAUUGUUCGUUAUUAUUGAAUAAACUAGGAUAAACUGAGGAUUUAUCUCGUUAUAGUUACAAGCAUA